CCUUCACCAACUUGAGAAUAUCAUCCUUCAUGUUGCAAUGGGCUCGAAAUCACCUAACCACGAUGACCAGAAUGGUCAGGGAGGAGCCAACAGCUUCAUCGAGACCUCUGAAGGAGGGAUGCCCCGCGGUGCUCAUAUUGCGACCGACGGAGAUGGAACGAUCGGGGAUAGCGAUGGAGGGGAUGGAGGCGAUGAUGGCGACGAGGCCCAUGCUGUAUCCUUGAUCCAAACAGCAGACUUGAAUGCAAAAAAGAAGAAGAGACGGCCUAAGAAGAAAAACAAGAAGAAGGCCUCUACCAAGCAAUCAUCACCACCCAGGGUUCCUUUAAGCCAGCUUUUCCCAGCGGAAAAGUACCCAACUGGCGAGCUGCAAAGUUACCCGUCGCCGGAAGAAAACACGGCCCGUACAAAGGCCGAAGAGACUCGUUACCUCUCUCGCCAUCAUCUCGAGGAUGAAACCUUCUUGAAUGAUUACCGCAAAGCUGCCGAAGUCCAUCGCCAGGUCCGGAAGUGGACGCAGGAAACCGUAAAACCGGGUCAAAGCCUCACCGAGAUAGCCGUGGAAAUCGAAGAUAGCGUCCGGGCGUUACUCGGCUACUCCGGGCUUCAACAUGGCGAUGGUCUCAAAGCCGGGAUGGGAUUCCCCGUGGGUCUCUCACUCAACCAUUGCGUGGCGCACUACACCCCAAACCCAGGCCAGAAGGAUAUUGUUCUGCAGCAGAACGACGUAAUGAAGGUCGAUUUCGGCGUUCAUAUCAACGGCUGGAUUGUGGACAGUGCGUUUACUAUGGCCUUUAACCCGGUAUACGAUAACCUUCUUGCUGCGGUUAAAGAUGCUACCAAUACCGGCAUCCAGAAUGCCGGAAUCGAUGUCCGUAUCUGCGACGUCAGUGCCGCAAUCCAGGAAGCCAUGGAAAGCUAUGAGGUUGAGAUAGGUGGUAAAACUUUCCCAGUUAAGGCUGUGCGAAGCAUCAGCGGCCACAAUAUCAACCACUACCAGAUUCAUGGUGGGAAGUCGAUUCCUUUCGUCAAGAAUUCAGACCAGACAAAAAUGGAAGAAGGGGAGGUUUUUGCCAUUGAAACUUUCGGAACCACUGGACGAGGCUAUUUGCGGGAAGAUGUGGGUGUGUACGGUUAUGGGAAAACCCAUGAUGCGCCAUCCCCUGCCUCGUUGUCGCUCGCUUCUGCAAGGUCUCUGUAUAAGACGAUUAACGAGAACUUCGGGACCAUCGUUUUUUGUCGUCGGGACCUCGACCGUCUCGGUAUACAGCGGUACUUGGCUGGAAUGAACAGUCUUGUGGCGAAUGGAAUUGUCGAAGCCUAUGCCCCCCUCGUUGAUAUUCAAGGAUCGUACUCGGCGCAGUAUGAGCACACGAUUCUAUUGCGCGAGACGACCAAGGAAGUGAUCAGUCGAGGAGACGACUACUAGUCUGCAGAAACCGAGAGAUUUCAACCCUUUUGCUGUAGGUAUGUUCAACAUAUACUUAUACUUGAGGAUACAGAGGAGGAAGGGAGACUGCCCACUGCCUAUUUACUUUUACUCUACCAACCAACUAUAUUCGCUCCUUUAUUGAUUGAUAGCAACCAACGAGGAUAUUUCCAUACCUUCACUUCACAUUCACUUCACAUUCAUAAGUUAAUACGUAUUUAGCGUUCUGCAACUGGUAAAUAUAACAAUCACAGGGCCGGGAAUACCUGUGCGGGAGCAGAUUUAGAUUUAGAGAUUGGGUUCCGAGAGCUAAAGCAUAGGAUAGGAUGUUGUCCGGAUGUAAAAG